AUGCAUUCGGUCCAGGCAGGGAUGUGGGACCCCCGGCCCCCGUCUAAACAUGCCUCGCCCCUCCCCCCGCGACCCCCCUCCAACUCGCGCCCCGCCCAUGUAACCACCCCGGCCAAGCGGAUCACCUUCUACAAAAGCGGCGACAGCCAGUUCGGGGGCGUCCGGAUGGCCAUUCACAAGCGCAGCUUCAAAUGCUUCGACGCCCUGCUGGACGACCUUUCCCAAAAGGUGCCACUGCCGUUCGGCGUGCGGACCGUGACCACGCCCCGCGGCACCCACUCCAUCAAGCACCUGGAGCAGCUGCAGGACGGCGGCUGCUACCUCUGCUCCGACCGGCGCCAGGCUAAGCCCGUCAACAUGGAGCUGGCCAGCAAACGGCCAACCAUCUGGUACCAUCAGAGCCGCCGGCCCCAGAGGCCCGAGUCCUCAUCCGCCACGCCGCCGGGCCACUUCUCCUACAGGCAGCGGAGGAUCCUGCUGGUGAAGAACAGCGAGCCGGGGAUGAGGAGGAGCGUGGUGCUGGGCCGGAGGUCGACCCGCAGCCUCAGGGCGUUUCUAGACGAAGUGUCUGAGGUGAUGCAGUUUCAUGUCCGGAAGCUUUACACUGCAGAGGGACGCAGGAUCGACAGCGUGCAGAGCCUCAUGACGUGUCCCGGCGUGCUGGUGUGUGUCGGCCGGGAAGCCUUCAGCCCGAUGCUGGUGAACUUCAUCAGGAAGAGCUCGGAGGAGAAGCUCCCCGGCCUCGGCCCCAGGACGCCUGGAAACGGGGCCCGGUCUCCUGCAACUCAAGGAGCAAGAUCCCCGCCGCACGGAGCUCAGUCCAGAGCCAGCAAUUACAGCGAGGGGCACGAGAGCAAGAAAAACGUUAACUUUGGUCUGGAAACCAAGAAAAGCAUCAUCCACCCUCGCUCUGACUCCUCAAACCGCUCCACUCGUUUCUCCUUAUCGUCAGAGAAGUCGUACGGGAACGGCGUCAGCACCUACUCCCAGAACCGACCAAGCAUCAUGAACGACGACAUUGAGAAGCGCGUGCUGGUCAAUAAAGACGGCAGCCUCUCGGUGGAGAUGAGGGUUCGCUUCCGCCUGCACAACGACGAGACGCUGCAGUGGUCGACACAAGUUAAAAAAUCCCCGUCUCUGACUAACGAGUGCUGCCCCCUGAGCCAGGCCGCGCCCUGCUACCUGCAGCAGGUCCAAUCAGAGAGCUGCUCCGACCCUGAUUCUGCAUCGUACGACCCUGAGGGCGUGGAGUACUCCAGCCGGCCUCUGCAGCACAUGCUGGGGGUGAACCGAUGCCCCUGCUGCUACCACAGACCGGAGCAGCAGUACGACUUGUGGGAGAACCCGGCACACAGCCACAAACCGGCUCCCGUCCCUCCGCCACACGCAGCCAGCCACGCCGUCAUGAGACACACACACUCCUCCAGCUCCUCCUCGUCCUGUAACUCCAGGAGGGUGCUGCGUUGUCGGGCAAGAGUCUCCAACUGUGGAGGAGGAGGAGGGUCGGAUCAGAGCCAGCUGGUGCAGGAGGAGAUGUUUGUGUCGGAGCAGGUUGAGAGCAGAGUUGUGUCGGAUCAGGACGGAGAUACGCACCUGGAGGUGUGCAAGGUGAGUCGGUGCUGCAGCCAGAGCGAAGUGGUCGCCACGGACAGCAGCCUGCGGCCACUGAGCCGGAAGUCAGUACAGGACGAGGAAAUGAUCGAGGAAGAGACAGAGCGUCCGCUGUCUGCAAUCAGCAUCUCCUCACACGUCCUGCAGUCGCUCAAAGAAGACCAGGAUGAUGAGCUGCCCCCCAGCGCCUCACAGUGCAGCCACAGAAAUGACCUGUCGCCAUCCGCAGCCUCCCACACUCACCUGAGUGACAAACCAGCGAGCAGAGCGCCGUCUGCAGCCUCCUCCUGUCACUGUGGAGCAGACACGCCACAUUUAGCCGCCGAAGCAGAGGAAAUGGAUCGAGCUCCGAGCUCCAAGUCUAAAAUGAGCAGCACCUCCUGCAGGUCCAGCAAAACCAAGCUCCCAAUCUCAGAGGAAGAGGAGGGGGCUGCAGACGAUGAGGACGAAGAGAUAAAGAGGGUUGUUAGUGGCUUGUCCAAUGGGACGGGACCUUCUCGGCAGUCAGGGAGCGUUUGUCUUAACUGUGGUGGCUGCAAGCAUGCAAACUCUGGUUCUAACAGUCGAGCAUCACAGAGGUCCAACCACACCUCUCCCAAGCCUCCGACGCCCCUCUCCAACCACGAGAAAUCUAGUAACGGCAGCGACAACGACGGCUCAGACGGUUCAGGUGGUUCAGCUGAGUCCACGCAAUCCAAUAAGACCAACCUCACCAACUAUGGACGCUGCUCUGCCAUAUCCAACAUCCAGGAGGAGGACAGAGCGUGUAGUGUAACGUCCAACCAUGAGGCAGAAGAGGAGGAGGAAGAGGAAGAGAAAGAGGAAGAGAAAGGGGAAGAGAGGGCGCCAAGUGCCACCUCGGCCACAAGCCACAGGUCUCACAAGUCUGGCUGUGAGGGCAGCAAUGGCGAGGCAGCAGAGGACGGUGAGGAGAGAAGCCCCAGUGCCACGUCCGCCAAGUCUCACAAGUCAAACUGCAGCGACACGAAGACCAGAGAGGAAGCAGAGGGAGAGAACCCUGUAGAGAGAGCUCACAGCUCUUUAUCUGUUAAAUCUGGAGCUUCAGCAAAGACCAGCGCUUCAGUCAAGAUAACGACUAAACCUGCAUCCCCAACAGACGACGCAGCUCUGGAGGAGGAUGAUACACAGAACAGAAGAACUCCCAGCGUCCUCUCUGUUAAGUCCUGCAAGUCAGACAGACCUGCCAGCAUCCUGUCUGUUAAAUCAGCUAAAUCUACAAAAUCAAACGUGUCAGCGAAGUCCGGCACGUCUCACAGGUCCACCUGCAGUCACUGUGCAAAAGCAGCGUCUCCAGUGGCGAAGGAGGCCGACAAACCCGAAGAAACAGAACAGGAGGAGGGAAUUGAGGCAGAAGCGAGAGCAACAAGUGCCAUGUCGGCCAAAUCCAAUCUUUCUGCCAAGUCACAUAAAUCCCAUAAGUCCGGCAAAGCUCCGGAAAGGUCAUGCUCUCCUGGAGGAGAUGGAGAGGAGAGGGCAGCGAGUCAAGUGUCCUACAGAUCAGCUAAAUCUAACACGUCUGUGAAAUCUUCAAAGUCAUGCAAGUCGAACAAUAAUGUUGAGGAAGUGGCGGAGAAGGAAAACGAGAUGGUAGAAGAGGAAGAGCAGAGGACAGAGAGUGUGAUCUCUGCUAAAUCUGCAAAGUCUCAAAGUUCCAGAGUGGCUUCUCCGGCGAAGACGGGAGAGGACAGGACGCCAAGCGCCAUGUCCGGGAAGUCACACCUCUCUGCAAAGUCCUGCAAGUCCCAGAAAUCAAACCAAAAGACAGCGUCUCCAAGUCCAAAUGAAGAUGAUGCUCCUCCUCCUGCAGAAGAGGAGCAAACUGAAGAGCGGGCAGCCAGUGUCCUGUCUGUGAAGUCCAAAGUCUCAGUGAGGUCCACCACUUCCAACAGGUCUGGUAAAAACGUCAAAUCAGUGUCACCAAGUCCAAAUGUCACCAUAAAAACACCAGAGGAUGUUGAUGGGGAGAGAGCCCCGAGCGCUGCUUCUGCUAAAUCUGGGAAAUCUAAUGUUUCAGCUGCUUUAUCGCAUAAAUCCAAUCAUAAGGGAACAGCUGAUGUGGAGGACAAUGCAACAAGAAGUAAAUCUCAAAGCCAGAUGCUCUCACCCGGGAGGAAACCCAAAUCCCAACUGGCUGGAGAGUCAAGAGGCCCGAGCGCUUUGUCGGUUCACUCUGCAAAAUCCAGCAAGUCCAAAUGUAGCUGUGCAGCUGCUUCAGCACACGAGAAGACACAGAAAGAAAAGGAGGAGCCGAAAAGUGAGGAGGCUCCUGAGCGAGCUGCCAGCGUCCUGUCGUCCUCCAGCAAAAGACAGAGGAGAGAAUCAGGAGGCACGGAGCAGCCGCUGAGCAGAAACUCAUCAGGCUCGGUGUCUCUCGGGCUGCCGGAAGACCAAGAAACUGCCGACUCAGACAGCGGCAAGUCCAAUGUUUCUUUUAAUGCAAACUCUGAGAGAAAGAGCAGAGUAAAGACGGCAACUCCAGCUGUGGCAGCUGAGCAAGAAGAGAAAGAGGAAACAGAGUCCACUAUCUCCCAAAAGUCCAACAGUAAGAGCACUCAGGAGCGUCCAGCGGUCGAUAUUCCAACUAUUGAAACGCCGGGACAGAGCGAGGAUAAAGGUGAAGAAGCUGUAGAGCAAAAACCAGAACGAGGAGCCAGUGCUUUGUCAGCUAAAAGCAGCAGGUCGCGCAAGUCUUCCUGUAAAUGUUGUGGCAAAGCUCAGAAGCCGAAAGAAACUAGUGCCAGCCCAGCUGAAGCAGGAAUCAACGUUAAAACAGAGAGCGUGAAGUCUGCUUCAAAAGAGAGCAAUGUGGAGGCGCCAGACAACAGGACAUCUUCUGCAAUGUCCUCAGCAAGCGCUAAAGUUCGGAGCAAGUCGUCUGCAAGCACCAGCGCUAAAAAUGCAAACGAAGCCGGAGAUGCAGGAGAUAACGAGGCUGAAAAUCAGACCAGCAGUCGACCAGCCAGUGCAGCCAAAGAGGAAGAAGAAGAUGUUGCAGAGGAAAAGGCGGCGAGCGUGCACUCCAAGAGUCCCUGCAGCCUCAGGCCUGAGUCUGCAGCUUCAAAAGCCUCAAAGGAGAGUAAAGGAGGGGAGUCAGUCAAAGAUCACAAGGCGAAAUCCACCUGCAGCGCCAAAACGUGCACUUCUCAAAAGAAAGAAGUGAAACCUUUAAGCCCCUGUUUGCUGCAGAGCCCCAAGCGGAGCAGCAAAGUGGAGACGUGCAGCGACAGCACGCUGUCUCACUCUCUGUCUGCUGCUGACCUGCUGAAGGAGAGCAGGGCUGCUGCACGUCCACACAGCCGCCAGUCCAAGGCCAGCAGAACCAGCGAGGCCAGGAGUAAAAAGUCUCAGAGGAGCAGGAAGCAGGUGGAGCAGGAGGAGGUGGAUCUGUCCCCCGCCUACCUGCCCAACGCCUCCCCCAACGAGGUGGUCAGCGACUGGCUGCGUAGCAUCCCCGCUAACAGCAGCAUGCUGGCACUGGGCGACGAGGAGGAGCAGGAGAAUGUGUCUCCAGUUUACGGUCGCAGGCUGAGCACGUCAGCCCGGGGCCUGCUGGACUGUCUGGCCCAGCUGCAGCUCAUCGAGCCUGCAGGGAGCCCGGCCCUCCACCAAGAGAAGGGCCACAACCAGCAGUACCAGGACAUCAUGGUCAUCCUGCAGUCCCUGUGGCUCACUGAGCCCACCUACACUGACGGGGGGAAGGAGGUCGGCCCGGAGCAGGUGACUCCUCCCAGGUCCUCGUCCGGCGUGGGGAUGAGCAGCGGCUCGGGGGGGUCGGGGAAGGAGAAUCAAGGUGGAGAUGAGGCAAAACAGAACAUAACAGUAGAGGCGUCUUUAGAGGGAGCAGAGAAGGCUGAAGAAGAGGAGGAGGAGGGAGCAGAGGCAGAACAAGAGGAGGAGCCGGGUCAGAGUGAAGAACAAGACACGGUCCCUCCUAGUCUGGACAGCCCCAAAGACACGGACAACCCCUCGUCUUCUGACAAAGGCUCCCCAGACAACAGCUCCAAGUCUCCCACAGACAACGAGACGCUGGAUGACACCAGCUCCGGCACGCCGCCCACCGUCCUCAGAGCUCCUCUGUCCAAGAAACUCUCCCAGGACCCCGAUCCGGUGUGGGUGCUGCACCUCCUCAAGAAGCUGGAGAAGCAGUUCAUGAACCACUACAUCAACGCCAUGGCCGAGUUCAAGGUGCGCUGGGACCUGGACGACAGCCUCAUCCUGGACACCAUGAUCGGAGAGCUGAAGGACGAGGUGAGCCGCCGCAUCCAGAGCAGCAUCGAGCGCGAGGUGAAGAAGAUCCAGGGCCGCGCCGGCCGAGGAGGGAGGUCGCCGCGCCCGCCGCAGAGAGGGAACCUGUCCAGAGAGUCCACCAUGACGGAGAGGAGGAGACGCAUCCUGAAGGUCAUGAAGAACCAGUCAGUAAAAACAGCUGAGUCCCUGAGCGACGACGAGAUGACGGCAGAGUUCAGCGACCAGCGCAGCGAGGAUGAAUAUUGCCCCUGUGACGCUUGCGUCCGUAAGAAACUGGCCGCUCGGCCUUUUAAAACCAACCCGCUGGCGGCCGAAGCUCCCGUCAUGAUGGAGUUCGACCUCCUCAAGAUCCUGCAGUGCAAGAAAAGCCCGUCGCCCACGUGUAUGUUGGCGCCAAAACCUGUAGAGGACGAAGGAGACAGCGAGGUCACAGAGGAGGUGGUGGGGAACUUAGAGGUGGUGCAGGAGGAGGAGGAGGAGGAUGAGACUAAGGAGGACAUCAAAGCUGAUGUGGUGUUAGAGGAGACGAUCCAAGAGGAAGAUGAGGAGAAAGAAGAGGAGGAGGGAGAAGAGGGAGGUGGUGAGGAAGCUGGGGAGGAGGAGAAGUUAGAGGAUGAAGAAGCAGCAGGUGGGGAGAGUGGAGGAGGAGAAGAGCCAUCUGGGGACACGCAGGAGGAGGAGGAGGAGGAGGAGGAGGAGGAGGCUGCUGCAGAAAACGAGGAGUCCACGCCGGUGGAGGAGCUCACGGAGGAGGGGAACGCCAGCGCCUCGGCCGAUGCUGAGGAUGAAGAUGACGGAGAGGAGGCCGCUGCAGAGGGAGAGCAGGGAGGAGAGAGUGAGGAGCAGGGAGGGGAGGCGUCGGAGGAGGAACGAGUCUCUUCAAAGAGCCAGGCGGUGACCGGGACCGAGGGAGAGGAGGCGGACGCCGAAGACUCCGACACUGACGGCAAACACCAGAGCACGGAGGAGUCGGGACGAGAGGAGGAGAACGGAGGAGAUGCUGUGGAGGAGUUCAAGCCUGAGGAGGAAGAGGAGGAGGUGGAGGAGGAGAAAAGAGAGGAUGGGGCUCUCCUCCACCAGAUCACCAGGACCUCUGUGGAGUCUCAGCCCGGCUCUCUGGAGGACGCCACCACAGAUUCACCCCAGAACGCCGUCAACUCCAUCCAAGUGCCCAAAGUGGCUGCUGGCGGCGGCGCCGGCCAGAGGAGGAGCCGCUCACCGGGGACGGGCCGGGUCAAACGCCGCAAACCCAAAGAGAGUGACGUGGAGCUGGACUAA